AUGGACUGGACUGGCGGCACGCGUCGUCGCUAUGCCGGCAAAGGCAAAGGAAAUGCUGUCUUGCAGAAGCAGAAAGCCCAUUUUGCCAAAGCCCGCGCUACCACAGGCUAUCAAGUCAUACCAGAGACAUAUGUUCAAGCGGCAGCCUCGUCAAGAGGACAUCUCCCGCGAAUGAUCGCAUCUCCCUUUGGGCUUGAUACUUUAGACCCACGCUCGCAUGAGACCUCACAUGGCCGCAGCGACCCCAUGCGUAGCCACGGGCAGAGUCAACAUCAUAACACUGACCGCGCAGCACGCAAAACUACGCGUCAAAUGCACAACGCAUGCGAAAGGCCAGACGCGGCAGCGACUGAAGAAGACAGGGCGCUCAUCGCCAACCGUAAGCGACUACUGGCUCAAGACGACUGGCUUGGUCUUGCAGCUACUCGACCCGUGCGUCUUACAUUUCCAUCUGAUCGCGAUAGACAGCGCAUUGGAAAGCGCCGCAAGGUUGACAAGCCCAGAAUUCGCAUGGGCCAGCCAGCGGAACAUCGCACUGUUGCACGUCCGAGCGAAGCACGGUUUGAAGCUAUGAUGAGCGGUGCCAUCACCAACGAUGACAUACAGAUCAAAGUCGGGACGGACGCCUUUUUGAGCCAAACGCAACCAUCUCGACGGUCUCGUGAUUCGCCCAACACUAGCAUUCGUCCUGUUUCAACUGACUUUGGUCCCAUAUCUGAGGAAUCCAUGCUGAUGAAAGCCGACAGUGAUGGGUUCGAGGCACUAGAUGAAGAUUGCCAAGAUGUUCACAAGGCUAUUGAAGUUGUGGAGCCUGCUGAAGUCCACGAGUACAACAGGCAAAUAGUUGCCGAAAAGGCUGACUACAUAAACGGCCAUCAAGAUCAUGCAGCGGACCGUCCGUGGAAGAACUUAUCUCUGUACGGAGAUUUCCAACCGUAUUCGCCAUCCGCCGCAAUUGACAGCAAUGCGAAUUCACCUACAAUUGCCGCGGAUCGCCCUGCCGUCGAGUCCUCAUCCGCGCGCAAUGUUAGCCCGCGCAUGGGCCAACACGUGCUCACAUCGCUGGAUCGCGGAGAGCAAGGUCGUUCCACCGUCAACGAUUUCCAUGUGAAAUAUGAACGAAUGCAUCGGGCCCAAAACCUGGUCACGGGAAGAGUGACAUUGUCUUCCCAAGGAGCUUCAUCAAAGGACUCGCCAUAUAGACCUCGCAGCGGGCUGCCAGGCACCAAGUUUGCUGGAGAGGCCGAAAUGUCCACAUCGGACGUUGCCGAUGAAGAACAUGAUGAGCAGGUCUGGAAAGGCUUCAUGCACGUAAGACAAGCGGUAUCCAGUGGAGCCUCUGUGGCUGCUCUGCGAUCAUCAAGCCAGCAUUUGACACAAUCAACAACCAGUGUUUGGCCAAGGCUUACCACUGCCGAAGCCAAUUUUGACGAUGAAAUGCUCGAUGAWCAGGAAUACCCACAUGACUACCACCCCCAAGCAGACACCUACACGCUUCAGCAGUCGGACAAUGUGAAAGGAAACGACGCAGCCAUCCCAACCAUCUCCCCUUCACCAGCUCAUCAUCACACGCGACACUUACUCCCCGAGGAACCAGUCGCAGAAGUCACACAAGAAGAUGACGACCAAGACCAACUCUGGAGACAAUUCGUACUAGGUAGCCAAAGUAGCCAAAGUCAGCCAUCCCCAAGCGGCAGAUACAAAGCAUGGACCAACGAUUCCAUUGAGAUACUCCCUGCUCAACUCUCCUCAGCGGCGGCGGCGGCGUCUACAGACGAACAACUCCGAUCAGACAGAAUGACUACCGGUGGGGGAUCUACAUAUGCGUAUGCACCGACAGAUUCUCAAGAUGACAUCUCGUCUYAAAAUCGAACAAAUACAUCGCUGAUAGGCCAUGCCACCACAACGAUCAAUCCCGAGAGGGAGGGCAAUGAGGAGGAGGAGUCUGAAUCUAAGCUACAGAACAGGCGAAAGACAGGUAAUAUUCAUGCUGCGAAUUCACAAGCACAUGGCAUGCCGAGACGAGAUUAUGGGAUCAGAAAGAGAACGAGAUAUGCACCUGUCCCUCGCGUUCUCCCCCCACGCGUGCUGAUGAAAACGAAGACAUUGGCUCCGCCGAAGAGUAUAUAUUGA